AUGGAAGCCAUCGGCACAGGUGCCAGCACCCUGGCAUUUGUGCUACUGGCCCUCAAAUCAGCCAAGGUCAUCCAUGAAUCACUCUCCGCUAUCAAAGACGCCCCGAGGAUAGUGCGCGAGUUGGUACAGGACAUCCAACUUCUACAGUCAGUCCUUGGGAGAUUGACGCACUGUCCUUUGAGCAAUGCGCCAAGCAGCACGAUCACUUCCUUCCAGGAUAUGCUCCAGGCCUGUACGGCUGAGCUCUCUGGCAUAGAGAAUCGGUUGGAGAAGUUCAAGAAGAAGCCAGACAGUAGCCGGUCAACUCGAGUGUAUAAGGGUAUCUUGGGUUAUGUGAAGAAAGAGGAGCUCGAGGAAGCACGGAGCAGGGUACGAGACAAGACGACACAGGCAAACUUGUACCUCGGCUUGCUUCAGGCGCAGGCCAUUUCGGAUACAACUUCCACGAUCGGCCAUCAGGCGACAGCGACAACGGGAAUCUUGGAACAAAUCUUAGGCGAAGUCGCAAGGCUACAUUCUCGCCUCAACAAUGACACAGCCUCAACAGCUCAACAGGAUGAUGCCACCGAAGACGUUUCAGCCUCCAUCACCCAGAACCUUGAGAGUAUGACGCUAUGCUCAGAACUCGAAGAGAGCAUUUCGCGUCUAUCGAGCCUCGUCGAUCAUGACGGGUUGACUCUUGACGCCGACGAUGCGGAGCAAAUCAUUGACGACCUGAGAAAGUUCAUUCUAAUCGCUAGAGACAGAGUGUCAAGCAAGCAGACUGGGAAAGGCAAAGCAACUGCGAACCCAUACGCAGUGAAUGACGACAGUGAUCAAGUGCGGAGAGACUUGAAGUUGAUCGAGGGCUUGAUGCUCUCGGCUCCCAUUGUUGCCAUCAACCAACCAGGUACCUUUUUGUGCUUCAUACUCACUCUUAAUGAGAACCAAGCUGACGUGCCAGUUCCCAACUCUACACAUCUUCGAGCCCAUCUACCAACUGGCGCCAUCAUCAGACAAAAGCGAGCAAGAGAGGAAAUCGACGUUGAGCACGGCUUCCUUACAGUAUCAGUAAACAAACGAAGACGAGUCUCUCGUAGACCCAAUUCCUCCGAGAACGCAAGUACCCACCGAGAUGUCGUUGCAAAUAUCAUGUUCCGCCCCUCACAAUCGCCGUGGAUGUUUUCCGUCUCAGUCUCCCAAGGACAGCUGUUUGAUCGCAGUAUUCAGAGCAUACCGCGCAUUUCAGUUUGCCCAAUUAUCCCCAAUGGAUCGCCCGUCUUUCGUCUCGUGCAGGAGGGUAAGCUCAGAGAGUUUCGUGUGUUGCUGGAUGAGGGCAAGGCAAGUCUUAGGGAUCAUGAUGAACAGGGCAUGCCUCUACUACACUAUGCAGCUGCAGGGAGCGUCGACAUGUGCAAGUUCCUCAUCGAGUCGGGAGCAGACGUCGACGAAAUGGGAGAGAACAGCGGAACUGCCCUCAGCCACAUCACGGGGUUGAGUCGCCACGACACUACGCUGGUGUUACUCGAGAACAUGGCCGAUCCGACACUAUCUUACCCAGGAUGGGAUAAUCCACUAUCUGCUGCUUGCAGCUCAGAUAUUCCAUCCGUGGAGCUCUUUCUGAAGCAUGGCAGCCACUUUGCCCUUCAUGACUUUGAGAGUUCAGAUAUGAAUGGCAGAACAAGACUGCAUCAGAUUUGCAUGGCAGACUCAAGAUCAACGAGCAAGCAAAGAGCAGUUGGUAUGCUGGUUGCCGCGGGAGCCGACUUGAAUGCUCGCAUACUCCAAUCAUGGUCUCCGGACGAUCAUCAAACACUCGGGUUCACGUGCUUGCAUAGUCUAGUGUACACGGCCCAUCAAACAGAUGAUAGGGAUGAGCUUGAAACUCUUGUCUACUUGAUUCGGCAAGGCGCAGACCCCUCUGCAGUCGACCAUCACGGCAACACGGUUGCAACGCGGGCCUAUCUACCCAACGAGAACGACAACCAGUAUUCAUCCAAGGGCUCAUAUAGAGGUGAUCUCUGGGACGCGGCUGUCGCCAUCUGCGGGCACGACCUAAAUCAAUUCCGAUCCUCCUACCCGAGAGUUCCGAGGUACAACAAGAGCUACAAUCGACAAGACUUUGAGAGGCUAUGGCUUGGGCACGAGGCUCUUUGCCCAUAUUGGAAUGACAAACGAUACCCAGAGACUGGCCGGGACGAAGACUAUUGGAAAGAGCCUUCGCAGCGCUGCAAACAUACCUCAUGUUCAGAAUGUGCUCAAUACAACAAGGGCCUCGCCGAAGCAGAGCCAGAUUCCGUCAACAAUGACGCCCCGAUGUAUGACUGGUACUACUACAACAAGUAUCCACGGAGUCCUUCAGUGGAGCAUAUGGGGUAUGUAUACGAAGAGCCUGUCACUCUGGGAAGGAGAUAUUAUAGCCCAGAGCAAUUCGCGACUAGUGACAUGGAUCCAGAGGAGGACUACAUGGAUGAGAUGUUGGGUGGCAUGGGUUCUGAUGAGGCGGAGCUGGAGGCACAAUACCUGUUGGAAAACUCACUGCAAGCAUACCGAGACCACCAGAUCGACGAAGACGAAGACUUUCUUCAUGCUCUCGAGCCCGAAGAUGGCCCUGAACCUCCAUUUGAAGAAGAUAGCGAGGAUGGUGAAGAAGCAUUUCAGAGGUUGACACACCGAGCGGAGGACGAGACGGAUACCUUUAUCGAUUACUGGAUCGAUCACGACACUCCUUGCCAAGAAGAGCCAGAGGAGUCGCAUGAGGAUUGCGAGGUCGUCUCGCCCCCAGCGAGUGAGGAUGGUGGGGAUGUAUAUGAAAGAUUGACGGGACGAGGUCAAGGUAUGAAUGAAGGGUUCUAG